AUGUAUUUAAAGAACCAAUCAAGUGCUCACAAACGGAAUAAGGGUGAAAUUUUUUGUGGUGAUAAAAACCCGCAACAAGUUUAUUCUAUACCUAAACUUAAACCUUACCUAUAUAUGACUUCUAUAAUUUUCGAUACCAGAGAAGAUAAUGGUUCUAGAAAAGUUGAAAUAUAUGAAGCUAUCGAGGAGAGAGAGAGAAAAAAAAACCUCACUUUCCAAUUUAACAUUCAAAACGAAGUUGGAAAUGAAACGAUGGAACUUUCGAGAAAAAAAGUUGAAAUAUAUGAAGCUAUCGGGAAGAGAGAGAGAGAAAAAAAUCCUUUCCGAUUUAAAAUUCAAAACGAAGUUGGAGAAAAAAAGUUGAAAUAUAUGAAGCUAUCGAGGAGAGAGAGGAAAAAAAAAAAACCUUUUGAACCAGAAGAUAAUGGUUCCAGAAAAGAGGAUGGAUGA